AUGUCAUUCUUUUUGCUCCUAAAUUUCCUACUUCUUAUUCAGCAGUAUUUCCAGAUAUCAGGGGAUGACACAUUUCUGAUAAACUAUGAGAAAUACAAUCUUUGUAUGCGACCCAAAGGAACAGCAUCUUCUGUCAUCAUACUACAAAAGUGCAAUAAGGAUAAUAAGCUCCAGAACUUUAAGUGGACUUCCGAUCAGCAGAUCUUGAACAUGGGAUUGAAGUUAUGCUUGGGAGCAUCUGCAAACUUCAGCCAACUUGAAUUAUCCUCCUGCAAUCAGACCAGUGAACUUCAGAAAUGGGCAUGCAUCAAUGAUACCUUUCCUGCAAUCAAAGGACAAAACUGGUUUUUAUCUUAUGCUUCUGGACUUGUCCAGUUGAAUAAUGUAUCUGAUCUCAAAGCAACCUGGAAGAUUGAUGGAACCAAAGACAGUUUGUGCACUAAAGGCUUUGAAGCUCAGUUUACAAUAGAAGGCAAUUCCUAUGGAGCCCCCUGUGUAUUUCCUUUCAAGUAUAAAAAUGAGUGGUAUGUUGAAUGCACAACAGUAAACAGUGAAAAUCUACAACCUUGGUGUGGAACAACGGCUGAUGUGGAUAAAGACUCUCUAACUGGAUAUUGUCCAGUAAAAGGUGACAAUGAUGACUUUUGGACUAGAGAUCAUUCGACAGGAAAUCAAUACCAGAUAAAUUCCGAGGCAGCUCUUACAUGGCUCCAAGCAAGAAAAAGCUGUCAGCAACAGAACGCAGAAUUAUUAAGCAUCACAGAAUUACACGAACAAGGAUAUUUGGCAGGAUUAACAACUGGUGUAAACACUGACUACUGGAUUGGACUUAACAGUUUGGAUAUGGAUAGUGGAUGGCGAUGGGUUGGCAACAAUCCUUUCAAAUAUUUAAAUUGGGCUCCAGGGAGCCCAUCACCUGAAGCAGAGAAAAUCUGUGCAACAAUGAAGUCUCAAAGUGGCAAAUGGGAGAAUAAGGAGUGUGGUCAUAAACUUGGCUACAUUUGCAAAAAAGAAAACUCGUCGUUAAACAUCCCUGUUACCUCUUCAGAUGACUUGAAGCCUGUAAAAUGUCCAGAUGGCUGGGUUCCAUACUUAGGCCACUGUUACCAACUUCACAGAGACCUCAAGUCCUGGAAUCGCGCACUGUUAGCUUGUCGAAAGGAAGAUGGAGAUUUAGCCAGUAUCCACAAUAUUGAAGAACAUAGUUUUGCCAUUUCUCAGCUUGGCUACAAACCAACAGAUACGCUGUGGGUGGGACUGAACUCCCAGAAGAUUGAGAGGUAUUUUGAAUGGAGUGAUGGGACUCGGGUGACGUACACCAAGUGGAUGAAUGGAGAACCUGCUUAUCUACAAGACUCCAGAACCAACUGCGUCGUCAUGACAGGAGAAAAUGGAUAUUGGAUGGAUACUUUCUGUCAAGAAGAACACGGUUACAUAUGUGAAAGGAAAUCUUUGGAAAUUCUUUCUACAGCAGAAGAUGUUCAUACAGGCUGCCGGAAUGGUUGGAAAAGGCAUGGCUUCUACUGCUACUUAAUUGGACAAACACUGGGAACAUUUUCAGAAGCAAAGCUAUCCUGUGAAGGAAACCAGGGUUCUCUGGUGUUCAUAGAGGACAGAUAUGAACAAGCCUACCUAACUAGUCUAGUUGGGCUACGUCCUGAAACAUAUUUCUGGAUUGGGGUAUCAGAGAUAAAGGAAGGCGGGACAUUCAACUGGACUAAUGGACAUGCAAUGACAUUUAGCCACUGGAACAUAGGAAUGCCUGGACAUAAUCGUGGCUGUGUUGCUAUGAGAACUGGAACUGCCGCUGGAUUGUGGGAUGUUGUGAGCUGUGAGGAGAAGGCAGAGUUCCUCUGCAAACAAUGGGCAGAAGGUGUGACAACGACUCCUGCCCCAACAACACCAGCACUGCCCCCCUGCCCAAAAGGAUGGUCUGAAACCGAAACGUCAAGUUCAUGCAUCAAAGUAUUUAGAGAGAAAAAAUACAUGAAGAGAACUUGGUUUGAAGCUCGAGAUUUUUGCAGAGAAAUUGGAGGAGACCUGGCUUCCAUCCAUAGUAACGAAGACCAAAGCAAAAUACAGAAAUUGACUGAAGAUGACCUCUGGAUUGGUUUAAGUUUAUUGGACUCUGACAUAGGGUUUACUUGGAGUGAUGGAUCCCCUGUUGACUUUGACAAUUUGCAUCCUUGGCUUUCACCCUUCGCUCAUGCAGGACAACAAUGCAUACCGAUCAGUGCUGUUUUUUCAUAUUGGACAACGUCAUCAUGUAACACUUUAUAUUAUUGGGCAUGCCAAGUGAAGAGAGGUGUAGCCCUAAAAGCUGAGCCAAAUGAUACUUUUGCCUUGUCAUACAAAAUAAUUGAAGAUGGCUGGGUUUUGUAUAAAGACAAUGAGUACUAUUUUCAUAACACGACUCUGCCUAUGGGAGAAGCCCGAAGAUUUUGCAAAAAGCAGGGCGGAGAUCUUGCUGUCAUUGCUAGUGAAAAGGAACAAAUGUUUCUGUGGAAAUAUAACUCCUUUCAUGCAUCUAAUGGUAAUUUUUACAUUGGUUUAACUGUGGGUCUUGAUGGAAAGUUCAGGUGGCUGGAUGGAUCUCUAGUGACCUAUGUAGCCUGGUCCCCCAAUGAACCGAAUAAUGCACAUGAGUUAGAAGAUUGUGUGGAGGUGUAUGCGAGAACAGGCUUAUGGAAUGAUGUAUACUGUAGUGAAGAGAAGCACUUCAUCUGUGAAAGGCACAACAGUUCUGUCCGUUCAACUGUUGCUCCCACAUCACCUGCACCUCAAGGGGGCUGUGCGGAAGGCUGGCAUUUGUUUAAUAACAAGUGCUUCCAAAUAUUUGGUUUUAAUGAAGAAGAAAGAAAAAACUGGAGUGCUUCACGUAUUGCUUGCAAAAACAUAGGCGGAAACCUGGCAACUAUACCAAGCAAAUCUGUUCAAGCUUUCCUUACCAUGCAUUUAAAAAAUGUGCCAGAUGAUUCUUGGAUUGGACUGUAUGAUAUCGUUGAAGAGGGACUUUUCCUAUGGUCAGAUGGAAGUACUGUGAAUUAUACAAACUGGGUCAAUGGUGCCCCCAGCCCUCCUCGCCGCUGGUCAGACCAUGAUUUUGACUGUGUUACUAUGAUAAAGAACCCCGAGAAGUGGGCAGGAAAUUGGAAGGACAGAAAAUGUUCAAUGAAGUAUGGAUACAUCUGUCAAAAAAACACUGACCCUGAAUAUUCUCACUCUGGAACAACAAUUCCAGCAUCUGGCUAUAUACAUUAUGGAAACAGCAGCUAUUUUUUCACUAAAAAAGCAACAUGGGAAGAAGUCAGAAAAGAGUGUCAUUCUAAAAACUCAGAACUUCUCAGCAUUCUGAAUCCCUACAGCCAAUCAUUCCUGUGGCUCCAGGUGUUAAAACAUAAAGAACCUAUGUGGAUUGGUCUAAACAGCAAUGUGACCAAUGCGAAUUAUAGAUGGGUAACUCAAUGGAAAAUGGAAUAUACUAAUUGGGCUCCUGGAGAACCAAAAGAGAACCUAGCCUGUGUCUAUUUAGACCUUGAUGGGCAAUGGAAAACAGGAACAUGCAAUAAAAAGUACUUAUCUGUCUGUGAGGAGUAUCAUGGUAUACCUCCAACUGAUUAUCCUCAGGUCCCUGGAAGAUGCCCUGAAUCCCAACCAAAAAGACGUGCAGCUUGGAUUCCUUUCCGUGCUCAUUGCUAUACAAUGAUACGUGAACAGCAGUCCUGGGGUUCUGCAUCCAUGAAAUGUUCUCAGUUAGGUGGCUCUUUGAUUUCGAUAGAAGACUCAGCUGAAAUGAAGUUUCUGAUAGAGCACACCCAACACAUUGAUCAAGGAAAAUAUUGGAUAGGAUUGUUGCAAAAUGUGGAUGGAAAUUGGAUAUGGGAAGAUGACACUGCAGUAGAUUUUGUAAACUGGGAUGCUGGAGAGCCCCGAAAUUAUACUGAAGAAAGUUUCUAUCAUGAUGAGGAUAGAAGGAUAUGGUGUGUUGCAAUGCACAACAAUGGAAAGUGGUUUACUUCACACUGCUUUAGUCGUCUCAGUGGAUAUAUUUGUAAAACACACAAAAUUAUUGAAGUUAAUCCAACUACAGAAUCUUCAAAGAAAGGAGUAAAAAAAGAAGAGAGACAUGGCACGGUUGCGAUGGUGGUUAUUCUUGUUCUCCUCAUCCUCACUGCUGCUGGCAUCACAGGCUAUGUUUUUUACAAAAAGAGACACAGACAGCAACUGACCAUUGCUGGCUUUGACAACUCUGUAUAUCGUGACAGCGUGGCCAUGCUUCAAAAUAAUGACCAAGAAUGA